AUGAGAACUCCUAUCAAAGCAAAAAGGCAAAGGAAGGAAUAUUUCGACGGAUUUUCACUAACAGCAUUAAGAAAUAUCAUUCAUUCAAUGUAUACGGCAGACACCAAAACGGGGGAUUAUCACGACCAAAUGAAUGCGGACAAUUUUACAAAGUGGCUUAUAGAAAAAUUACUUCCCAAUAUACCCCGCAACUCCAUAAUUGUGAUGGACAACGCCCCUUAUCACAGUAAGGAAGAAAAUAAGCCACCAAACAUGAAUAAUAGAAAACAGGUGAUGGUUGAGUGGCUACAAGCUCACAACAUCGAAUUUCCCAGCGAGGGUACAAAACCAGAACUAUAUUUAUUAAUUAAACAGCACAAACCACCGAAAAAUUAUAAAAUUGACAAGUUAUUAGCUGACAAUGGCCAUGAGGUCGUAAGAUUGCCGCCGUACAACUUCGACCUCAACCCUAUUGAGUACAUCUGGAACCUAGUCAAAAUGAGGGUGUCAGAAAAGAAUGUGGAGCAGUUAGAGAGUCGAAUCGAAUCUCUGACGUUGGAGGCGUUGGCAUCAAUAACUCCAGAUGACUGGCGAAAGGAAGUAAACCACGUGAAAAGACUCGAAGAGGAAUAUUGGCAGAAAGAUAGAAUAACUGAUGAGUUAUUUAUCAUAAAUACGGCAGACGACAGUGAAUCUGAAACAACUGAUCUAGAAAGUAGUUCUCAUUCGGAAGACAAUAUGAGUGGGAUUGAAGAAAUAGGCUAA